AUAACCUCGAACUUUUACAGUUUGAAGUUUGAAAAGUAUGAAGGUGCCAUUGAUGUUUCUUCUAAUGCCACUAUGUUUGGCUUUGGUCAUUACUUCUUGUUUGGGCCAUGUGGUGGAGGACAAUUGGGAGCUAGUUUUUCACGCAGUAAAAGGUAAUAGACAGAAUGUACUUGCAGCUUGGACCAACGGAACAGCAUCACCAUGUACACUAGAUAACGGGUGUAUUAAUAGGGGAUUUACGUUAGACAAUUGGAGUAACACCACGCAGCAUCUCCGAAGCCCAUUAAUUAAUUUAUGGCACUUACUCAACAUUAUUAAGGUUCGCGUAGUGUUUGGGGCUCAAGGAAAUACAGUGGCAUUCUUGGAAUUUGACGGAAGUGGAAGUAACAAAGAGAACUGGUUCAGCAAAGAGAGAUUGUUACGCAGCAGUUGGUCCGAUCUAAAUAGCAAUUCUGUGACUAAUUAUUUCUCCAUGAACGGGUAUCCACAUUUCUAUAAUGAUUCUGGAAGACAUUUUUUUAUCAACAAAUCAUAUGGCUCAUGUCCAAACGAUAUUGGAUGGUUAGUUGUAAUAGAUAGAAUCCCUGUGUGUACCUGGGAGAAGAAGGGAGAUCACCCACCACUCUUUUUGUACAGCAAAAGUUCGAAAGCUAUGAACUGGAACACUAAUAUUGGAUCUGCUGAUGUAAUGAACGUCUACAUUCUCACUCUCUAAGCCUAACGGUUGAGGGAAAAGAGAAGUUUAUUUCCAACAACUUUGGAAAAUGCACACAUGAAUUCAAUUCAUUUAAACUUA